CGGCGGCCGACCCCGGGGAGGCGCCCCGAGCCGGUGCCUGCGGGGAGCUGGGGACCCGAGCCGGCCUCCGCCCCCCGGACACGCAGCCAGCGUGGUUCCCGCGUGCAACUGAAGCUCCCGGGAGCGGCUCUUGCUUUGCCCCCCGUGGGAGGCGAACCCAGCUCCGUCUUAAACUCCAUCUCGUGGGCUGGAAUAAGUCGCGGCGCCGGCGCCGAGCCCUCAACGCCUUCCUGCGCGGAUCCCGGGACGUACAAAGCCGGGACCGUCCCGUCCCGGGACGGGAUGCGGGUCGGUCCCGUGCGCUCUGCCAUGAGCAGCGCCUCGCAGCCCCGCGGCCCGACCUUGCUGCUCCCGGCCGCCCGCGGCGGCCCGGCCAAACGCUUACUGGACGCGGACGACGCGGCGGCGGUGGCGGCCAAGUGCCCGCGCCUCUCUGAGUGCUCCAGCCCACCAGACUACCUCAGCCCCCCUGGCUCUCCCUGCAGUCCGCAGCCUUCUCCCGCCGCGCCGGGUUCGGGCGGCGGCUCCGGGAGCGCGCCGGGGCCCAGCCGUCUCGCCGACUACCUGCUGCUGCCCCUGGCCGAGCGCGAGCAUGUGUCCCGGGCGCUGUGCAUCCACACGGGCCGCGAGCUGCGCUGCAAGGUGUUUCCCAUUAAACACUACCAGGACAAGAUCAGGCCUUACAUCCAGCUACCAUCACACAGAAACAUCACCGGCAUCGUGGAAGUGAUCCUUGGGGAAACCAAGGCCUAUGUCUUCUUUGAGAAGGACUUUGGGGACAUGCACUCCUACGUGCGAAGCCGGAAGAGGCUGCGGGAAGAGGAGGCUUCCCGGCUCUUCAAGCAGAUUGUCUCUGCCGUUGCCCACUGUCACCAGUCGGCCAUCGUGCUGGGGGACCUGAAGCUUAGGAAAUUUGUCUUCUCCACGGAGGAGAGAACCCAGCUCAGACUGGAAAGUCUGGAAGAUACCCACAUAAUCAAGGGGGAAGAUGACGCUCUGUCAGACAAGCACGGCUGCCCAGCCUACGUGAGCCCCGAGAUUCUGAACACCACCGGGACCUACUCCGGGAAGGCGGCGGACGUUUGGAGCCUUGGGGUGAUGCUCUACACCCUUUUGGUGGGGCGAUACCCCUUCCAUGACUCAGACCCCAGUGCCCUUUUCUCCAAAAUCCGCCGUGGACAGUUCUGCAUUCCUGACCACAUUUCCCCCAAAGCCAGGUGCCUCAUUCGCAGCCUCCUGAGGCGGGAGCCUUCGGAGAGACUCACUGCCCCUGAGAUCCUACUCCAUCCCUGGUUCGAUUCUGUCUUGGAACCUGGGUACGUCGACUCAGAAAUGGGAACUUCAGACCAGAUUGUCCCAGAGUACCAGGAGGACAGUGAUGUUAGUUCCUUCUUCUGCUAAUCCCCAAAACCUCAGAAACCUCAUAAUUCUCACACAUGGCAUUUCCAUUUCCAAAGAUGGACAGGCCUCUCGACGUGGUGCCAACCAGAUACGUGAUGGCGCAAAGACGGUAGCUGCUGAGCUGAACACGGCGCCCCUCUGACUGGCUGUGAUGAGUGACUUGGUUGGUGUGAGCAGCGCGCACUCUGAUUGGCUGCCCUACAGAGCUGUUUCCCUUCCUAAGGAGCCCCCUCCAACUGUCCCUCUGUCAGACCGGGGGUCCGCAUCUUUGAUAGGUGGCAAAGAGUACGGAUGUCCUACAGCGUGUGCUCAGUGACUUGAACAUUUUCUCAAGGGAGAGGAAGUGGAUCACACAUGGCAUUUGGGGUAAUAGCCUAUUUUAACAGGGUGACAAGUAAUUCGGGCCAAUGCACCUGCCGUCUUUGAACUUGUCUUUGGUAGCUGGACUUCGCGAUCCCAGCUUCUCUGAUGGGAGAGUUCGCUUUCGUGUUGGUUGGGUUCACCACUCACCCUUCACACACGUUUAGCAAUGACUCUGCUCCGUUUGGGGGGCAGACUGUGUUAGGAGCAUAGGAGCCUGCCUGCACCGCGAACCCAGACUCUCUCCUGUUUCCUGCCGAGACCUCAUGUGCACUAAUGCCUUCUUCCUGACCUUGAAACGUCUCCCCUUCACUGUAAAAGCACUUACCAGCCAACGGUGGAGAAGUGUCACAAACCAUUCGAACUCCUGGCUAUUUCAGAACUCUGAGCUCAGACAGAGACGGCGGAUUUUCAAAGAUAAUUCGAGCAGUUGGAAACUGUUAGCUUUUUUGGUUCCUCUCAAAUAUGUUCGCAUCUAUCUUUUACUUUCCCCUCCCCAAGACCAUCUCAGGGUGGAGUGUUUUGUCUAAGAAGAGAAAGAUAGAGUCUCUCCACUCCCCUCUCACAAGAACAAAGGUUAAACCAGAGAAGGUGAAUUUUGGAUGGGUCUCAGACCAAGUUCCAGAAUUAUACUUUAACCCUCCCCGCCCCGAUGGACAUGGUCUGCCCUUGGCAUUGUGUGUGUGUGUCUGCAGUUUUGCAUGAUGGGUUGUUAAUAUUUCAAAUGUGGUGUGGUCUAUGAAUACAUCUGUGUACUCAGCAUCUGGAGGAAAUAGCAAACCCCAAAUCUUUAAAGUCAGAAGGGACUUCAAAAGUCAUCUAGUCCAGCUUCUUUUCUCUUUCUGCCACCUUCCAAUGCAGAAAUCCCCCUUCAGCUUCUUUUACCACUGGGAAUCCAGUCUCUGUUUGAAUGCUUCCGGAAAUAGGAACUCACUCCCUACGAAAGAUAGAGCUUAACAGAGAAACUGCAACUUGCAUUAUAAACCAAGUACAGAAGAAAUACCAGUCAGUGUCUGGACAGGAGUGAAAUUAGGUGGUUAAACGGGUAAACUAAACAUACUGUAUUUUGAGAAAUGACACAGAAACAGGCAGUCAUGUUUAAGGGCUACGCCUAGGCAAACUACUAACGUGCAUUGUUGAGAAUGCCGUGUAUACCUCAUGUACUGUGUACUUUGUACAUACAUUUUACCUUUUCUACAUAUGUUCGAUAUUGUUUUGUUGUUUUGGCUCUGAGGCUUGUUUUGUUGUCUGUGUCUGUCUGAAUAACCUGCGUGUCUCAAACCACGUGAAAUGUGAAUGAUUAUUGGCAAUAUUACCUUGACAGAAUCAUGGGACUCGGAGAAGAGAGAGGACAGAGGUCUCUGUCGUGGUUGCUCGACUGUUGUAUCUGUGAUACAGUACCCGGCUGAGGACUCCGGCCGGGAAAGCUAGGAACACUAGAUCCUUCCUGUAUAUGUGUAUAUAUGUGAACAGUGAGACGGCUGUUUUUGACUUGUAGAGAAAUUUUAAUA